AUGUACCGACCACCAAUCCACCUAAACGACCAGAGGGGCCGAAGAGCCCGGGAAGAUCAACCGACAGUCAUCGGCGUGGGCGAGGAAAGAGAGCUGGGUCGUAGACGUGUCGUCUGGCUCCGGAUCGCCACCGUCCCACGGCGAUUGGGCCGUGGGCAAGGGAACUUGCCAAGAGGGCACCUCUUCCCCCACCGACCCGCUGACCACGGACGGCGUUUGGGGAGACUGAGGGGCCCCGCGCCCGCGUCGGUCCACCGUGCUUCCGCGACGCGCGUUGCCGGGGCCCGGCCGCCGGCGCUGGGUCGACUGGCCGGCCGGCCGGUCGCGGCGUCGAGACGGGUCACAGCUCAGGAAGCUCAGGGGGCGUUCUUUCCGCCAGUGUUGACGGAGGGCAUCGGCCACUUCGUACGCGUUGGGCCCCCCCGAGCGCUUCUCCCGGGCCGCCGCCGGCACCUUCCGCCGCAGGCGCUGGAUGAUCAGGGACCGGUACCGUCGGCCCACCGGGUGGUAGUGAUGCUCAUACGUGGUCGGGGCGAAGUUGGGGAGGAGGAGCAGCGCCCCCCAGCCCCCGAGCUCGUCCGCCAGGCUCAUGUACCGGCGCCCGGCGCCCAGCCACUUGGGGAGACUGGCGGCCAGCGUCGGCUCGACCCCGGGCGAGACCAGCUUCGCCUGCACCAGAAGGCGACAGAUCUCCGCCGUGUCGCUGACGCCCGCGAUCUGCUCGUCGACGAAUUCCACGAGGAAGCACAGGAGCAGCCGCGAGCGGACGUGGUUGACCGUGAUCUCGGUGUCGAGACGGUUCAACAGCCGGACGACCGAGUCCAACAUGGAACACGUGGGGCGCGUGGGCGCGGUCUCUGCGACCGGGUGGAAGAAGGAGUCGGGGUCGGCGGCCCAGUUCCAGAUGACCGCCUCCACCUCGGGGCUGAAGUCCCCGGGGCUCCAAUCGUCGCACAGCUUGUUGACCAGCCGGUUCUUGCUCUUGCGUCGGCGGGUCGGGGAUUGCCGCGGAGGGCCGGGGUGCCAGUCGUUGCACAGGCGAUAGAGCUCGUCCAGCUCGGUCGCGAACUGUUCGGCCCGGUCAGCAUCUGCGAGCCACCGCUUCGCGAAAGCGUUUCAGCGUGUCCCGGGACAAGCACGCGUACCUCGUCGUCGUCCAUCAGCUUUUCCAUGUCGUCUUGCUUGUUGAGCAUGGCCGCCAGGGCGCGGAUGCUCUCGCAGAUCUCGCCGAAGGCCAUGGUGCUACUUGGCGGGAGGAGGGAGGAGGGAGGGGAAAAUUCGAUCGAGCGUGGAGCGGAUGCGACGUUUCUGGACAGUGGGCGGACGCGCUCGACGAGGGUGACGACGUGGGACACGAGCGUUGUCGUGGGCGAUGAUUCCCCCACGCGAGCACCCUCCGAGGCCGGUCCAACAGUCUCCUGGGCUCAACUGGGCGGGAGACCAGGGCCGGUUUCGAUGUCGGCGGUGGUGGGCGCGCUGUGGGCGGUGGAAACUCUGCCCACGGAUACCGCCUGA